UCCGGAAGAGAGCCGCAGUUGUUCGGCGCAGAGACGCGGUGCCUCGUCGAAUCGAUCUCUUUCUUGGCCGUGGUUUCAUUUCGGCGGUGGCCGGCAGAGGGAUCCGAUUUCUACAUCUGUUUGGCAAAAGGCGCCGCUGAAUUGACACAAUGGUACGGUCUCAAUCGAAUUCUUCGGCGGCGGGGAGGGCAACCUUUUGGGGCUGGUUCUUCAUCUUAAUCGGCUGUGUUUCUUUUCUGGGCUUUUUCUUUGCUGCCAUCGUAUCAAAGCUUCUUCCUUUAUCCGAAAAUCCAAUCAUCUCAGCCGUUCAGCAGGAUAGGUAUUACUGUUUCCUUGUGCCAUUGACACUGCCCAUCCUUAUCGUUGCCGUAUACUUCCACUGGCUAAGUAUGAAGCUUUUCAAGCAUGCUUGAUGUUUUGGCUACAUCCAAGGACGGCAUAUGACACCAAUGGACAUCCCAAUUGCCUAAGAAAUUCAUAGUCUUCAGCAAGGUAUGAUGCCCCAAAAGGAAAGCUGUCUUUAGUUGCAGACUUGCAGUAGUAGGAUUCACUACUGAUCGCGGGAGCGAGGCAUAUUGGAUCGAUCUGAGCUGCAUAAGUAGCUGUACAUUAAUAACAAAUGGUCCAGUAUCGAAGUUCUAGAUCGAUCAUUACAAUGAAAAAGACAUCCCGUUUCAACAAAAACUGUACUGCUCGUACCUAAUACAGCAGACGUCGGAGCCGGCCCGAGCCCCGGCCUUGCCGGGACAGCUUGUUUUGAUCAUCUCGCUGCCGCCCAACAAACACCUCUCGCAAUCCCCCUGAGGUUUCCCCUCGUCGAGGCAGGACGCGAAGCCGGAGAGCUCGAUGCUUCCGCCGCCGGCAGCAGCGUACGUAUCCGUGCUGCAAACGCCGGCCCGGCUGUCCGGAAGCCUAGCGACGAAGUUGCUUCGGGUGGAAGACAGCACCUCCGCCUGCAGGUUUUGCGCGUCAUCGAAAGGCAAGUCGUCGCUGUUGCAGAAGAAGGCGCCGUCGCCGAGCGCGGGAAGAAGGCAUAUUGGAUCCAUCUGAGCUGCUGCAGAAGGAACUGUAGUAGUGGUAGUACAGCUAACAAUAAUUAUGAUUAAUAUCGCGGCAUGAAUAACCGUCAUCAUUCGUGGCGCGACUUUUUUUUUAAUACGAUUCAGUGUCAUGAAGGAAACCACAAAACGCAAAUACAUAUACUUUGUGCAGAAGCCGCCCGUGGCGCUAGACGUUGAGGAUUUGAGAUAAGAGAUUGAGGUUGAGACGAUGGAUUUUUCGAUGUGGGGGUGAUGAUGUAGAUGCGUUGAUAUCAGGGGAAAAUGUUUCGAAUUAUUCCCUGAUAGUUGACCAGCCAAUCACAAGGGUGUUUUUCACUUUCAAGAAGCUAGGAAAACGGCUUAAUUGCAAGUUUGGUCACUCGAAUUGCUACAAAAUUU